AUGUCCGUUGAUGGCCUUGAGACGUGCCUGGGAGCCCCAGCUGAGCUUCCAGGAGUGAAAGCGGAUGCUUCUAAAGCACCGUCAGAGAGCUCUGCAUCGAAUGGCUCCUGGGAUGUUAUCAACCCACAUCUGGAGACUUACCUUCAGAUCUUGGCAUCGAUGCAACCCACGCGGCCAGACAUCGUCCGAGGGAUUCCGGUGUGCCAAGCUCUGCAGCGCACGCCACGCAUGUGGGCCCGUGGAGAUCUCGACGCUCUCCAUGCUUACAGCAAGGCGACGCUGGAAGUCGACGAGUUUUGGUCCCACAGCUGGCGCACGCAGGGGUGGCUGAAGUACAUCAGCAUACUUUUCUUGCACAACAGUUUCCCUGCCUCUGUGGUGGGCACACUCCUAGCCUCGGUAUCUUUCGUGCUUUCUGCCGCUGAUGUCCUUCCGCUGUGGUCGAAGAUUAAAGCCGGCCCAAACGGAUGGAGCGUCCUCACGGGUGCUGUGAGCUACUACCUGACUUUGCUUCUUUGGCGCGGAGGGAAGCUGGCUUUCCUUGACGUUGCCUGCAUCAAUCAGGUAGAUGACCAGCUGAAGACUGAGGGCUUGGUCAGCAUGGGUGCUAUAUUGAAGCGCUCCAAGUCGCUUCUCGUGCUCUGGGAUUCCUCGUACACCUCCAGGCUAUGGUGCAUGUUCGAACUGGCUGCAUUCCUACAUGGCAAGGGUCCAGCUGCAGACGCAGAGAGGCACCUUCUGGUCUGCCCGGUCUUUGUCGGCCCGGCAUUAUUGCUGGGGAACCUUGGUUUGAGUCUGCUCCUUCUGGCUACGGAAGUUACGCAGCUGCCAACAAUUCCUUGGGGUGCUAUGAUCAUCUGUGGUCUCUUCUUCCCCUGCUUCACAGUGCUCGCAUAUGUGGUCCUCGAACACUGUCGCAGCGUAGAGGUGGUGCAGAACCAAGUCCGCUACUUCACCAUUCAGCACGCUUUGUGUCACUGCUGUUCCUCCGGUCACACCGACCCUCACACAGGUGAGCCCAUGAUGUGCGACCGAAGCAUUCUUAUUCGAUGCAUAUCAUCUUGGUUUGGCUCCACCGAGCAGUUCGAGUCUCUGGUACGGCACCAUGUGAUGACAAUAUUGGUCCAUCAGCUUGCAAAUAACGUCUUUUCAUAUUGGCGCAUUGUGCAAGCGCUCUGCCCUCUCUGUUGGUUCUUUCUCGACUUAAGCCUUUGGAGAAUCGCAGAACAGCACGUGCCACUACAGCUGAUGUUUGCAGCUGUGACAUUUUGCGGGAUGCUGAUACCAAGCAUAGUUUUGAUUCUGCUCCGCGUGGCCUACAAGUGGCGUAACCUUGCCGCUGGCGUGUGUCAGCAGCUGAUGCUGUCAGUGGGACUGGUAGCCGUUGGCAUACUGCUCUUCGCGACACUGCUUACAGCAGACCGUGGGAUUGUGCAUCUCUCGUGGCAUCUUUGGCGCGACCAAACUCCUGGUAGUGUCACCGUUUUGAUACUUUCGAGCAUCCUCAGUGUCUCCCUGUGGCGUUGCUUGCCUUUGAUUGACACGCAUAGUGCCCCUCCAGACACGUAG